AUGGCCAUGAUUGCCAUGGUCCUCCAGAGCGCCCCCGGGAGGAAGCUCAAACUUUCCCAGAUCCUCCAAGAGAUCAGCAGCCUCUUCCCUUUCUUUGAGGGGGAUUAUCAGGGCUGGAAGGACUCUGUCCGACACAACCUCUCCUCCAAUGAUUGCUUCAGAAAGGUAAGGACUUGGUGCUUCUGGGAUGUGAUGGCAGUGGUGGUGGUGGUGAACAGUGACCCAUCAUUGGUGUCAGUGGGAGGAAUAGUGCCUCAAGGGCCAGACAAAGGCAAGCAAAGGGCCACAGUUUAG